GACACUCUCUUCUUCUGGAAAGAAGACGCCCCCAACGGCUUCCUCUGCCAAUGGUACCGCGCCACCUUCACCGACCCCUCAACCAACCAGAUAUUCACCAGCGCGGAACAGUGGAUGAUGUACCACAAAGCUCUGCUGUUCCACGACCAAGACACCGCGGCGUUGAUUCUCAAGACCACUUCGCCGCGGAAACAGAAAGGUCUCGGCUCCCAGGUUUCCAAUUUCGACGAGGCGGUGUGGCAGAGGGAGAGGGAGGGGAUUGUAGAGAAGGGGAAUGUGUUGAAGUUUGGCCAGGCGACGGAUGCGGUGGCGUUGAAGGGGUUGUUGCUGGGGACGGGGGAGAGGGAGUUGGCGGAGGCGAGUCCGUUUGAUCGGGUUUGGGGGAUUGGGUACAGGGAGGAGGAGGCGGGGAGGGUGGAGAGGGGGAAGUGGGGGGAGAAUUUGUUGGGGAAGGUGUUGAUGAGGGUUAGGGAGAGGUUGAGGGGGGAG